GAAGGGCCGCGGGGGAGGGGGGAGAAGGGAAGCUCGGAGUGAAGUCGUUACGUGGGGUCGUCUGUGGGUGUGUCGUGGUGUCCUCCAGCGCAAGGUCGAGAGAUGCCUGUAUCUCUUGGCCGUGCCGCGGCGUGUACUUAAUGUGACAGCGGCCGUGUGGUGUUAAUGUGUGAGCAUGUCGUGCCUCCCUGUGUGGCGGUGCUUGGGCGAGACUGACUCACAGAGGCGAGCGCCGCACCGGGAGGGGGUCGCCAGUGGCGCCGCUACACGAUCGCCUCGCCUGCAUGUAAUGGUGUGGUCCUGUUGCAGGUUCUGCCUCGCGCGCAAACAUGUCAGUAUGAACCGCAGAAAGUGAAAGUGUGUCUGGCGAUGUGUGAGGAGGAGAGGCUGCCUCCCUGUCACCUGCUGCUCGCCAAACUCAAGGUGUAGAAAAUAGAUCUAUUGUAAUCCUCAGAUACUCAACGGUUUUGUAGAAUUUAGUGUUGAAAAUAAUGUUUCCAAUCAGUCAGACUGAAUAAGUGAACAUAAACGAAGUGAAGUGUGCGCGUGUGUGUCUGUGUUUCCGAGCCGCUGCUGCAUAGCGGGGCCACACGCCGCACGGCCUGGGCGGCGGCAGCACCAGACGCGUCUGGAGAGAAGCUGCACAGCCAGAUAUGUGUGUGUAGCCAUGGACGCCACGCAGGAGUUUACGUGGAGAGGUGGGGGUGGUGGUGGGGGAGGCGGGGAAGCAGAGCCGGGCACCUUCCCGACGCGGGCUGUGGUGGUGGUGGGCAACGGGGGUGGGGCACGGGGGCGCCAGCAGCCUCCUCGGAGUGUGUACAGGGCGCUGUCUGGCGUCACAUUCCAAGACCUGGAUAUGUACGUGCGCCAGGCCUCGUCCUGCCAUGACCCUCCGCUGGUGACGGAAGAGGACGAGGGACUCGACUCACUAGAGAGUCGCGGUCUUCCCCUCACGCCCUCCCCUGACCAGGCCCUGAGGGGGGCCGCCCCCUCGAGAAGUCUGGUCACGCUGAAGGGGGUUACUUCAGUCUAGAGCGCUGCUUGAGUGACGAGGACGCGGCGCACCUGCACGACUCCCUGGAAAACCUGUCCCGGAGACACCACCCUCAGGCAGGCGUGCACGCCUUCCCCGCCGGGUAUUCUCACCCACACCCACACCCGGGGUACCCACACACCCAGAAGGCCUCCCAUCAGGCCUAUCCACCCAUGCCAGCCUAUGUGGGUCCCGCCUUCCCGCACACGGCCGCCUACGCCACGCCCCCGCAGCGCCAUGACUACCUCGGCGAGGAACACUCGUACGGCUCCGUGCCGCGGAGCUACCCUCACGGAGGCGGCCAUUACCCCCCAGAGUGUGGCUACUCGUCCAGUGUCAUGUACCGCCAGAGGGAAGGCUACGUCCCCUUGGAGGGUUCCCUGGGCAGGCCCGUGUACGAGGUUCAGCCAGAGGACAUGUAUCACUCCGGCGUCCCCUACACUGCCAGGGACAAUUAUCCUUCCAAGUCGUCCUACAUGUACACCGGCUACCCCCAGAAGAGACACUCGGGCCUGCCCCAGGAGCCCCCAGAUAAGAAAGGCGAAGUUGAGCGGAAGACGAGCGUGCUGAGUGCUGAUUCUUUGGAAGACGUGCCUCUUAGCCCUACCUCGCCCGUGUCGCCACCUCUCCCACCCGAGGCACGCAAGGCCGCCUGCUACAAAGACUCUCUGGAGGAUGUGCGGCCGCGCAUGGUCAGUGAACUGAGAGAUUUUUUUGAGCGUCAGAAAUCCACCACGAGCACCAGCAGCCCCGAGUCUGAGAGCUUCCAAGAAAGUAAAACUGAGGAGGAAGAGGAAAAUGAAGAAGAGGAUGAAGAUGAAGAUGAAGAAGAUGAAGAUAGGGAUGAAGAUGCAAGUAAAAGGAAAGAUAUGAAGAAAGGUGAUAAGCAAAUAAAAAAUCCAGCCGCAGAUUACAUACAGCAGGACCUGACCUCGUCAGUGACAAGUGACCAGACGGAGGACGCGAGCACCACCACGGAGUGCGCUGCGCAGCAGCACCACGACUCUUCGUCUGAAGACCCGACCAAGGAUCUCUAUGAGGAAGAGAGCGACUCCCCGCCCCUCAAACUCAGCCCCCGGCACGGAGACGUGGCUUUCCUGCGAGCCACCCAGGACACCCCCCAGACACUUCUUGCCUCCACCCGCCUGGUGCAGGCCACACUGAAGCCCCCCGCCAAGGCCACCACCUUCUUCAUCAGCCUUGGCACAAAACUUAAGCCUCCAAAUUUUGAAGACACAAAAACAGUUACUAAAGGUGGAGAAAAGAAAGAGAAUAUUGCAUUAAAAGAAAACUGUGCGUCAGACUCCAGUGAUAGCUCGGGGGGAAAGAACUCACCUGUCACGCCCGGCGAGGACCUGAGUGCUUCCAGCGAUCCCGCAGACUACCAGGAGUCACGACUCAUCUUGCGUCACUUCGUGCACAACUGGGAGAGCGAGUCGCCGCCGCAGGAAGACUCUGACAUUGACGAGUUCUUCCUGGUGCUGGACUCCACGGGAGGCAGAGGCAACUUCAACUUCCCGUCAGGCAGCUCCUCCAUGCUGUCCUCUGUGGGAAGCUCUCUGUCAGACCAGAGAUCAGAAACCACCCAGUCCACGGAUCAGGAUUCCUUCGAUGACGGCAACCUGGCGGACAUCGGCGAGCCGGACACCACCUCCAGCUCGGGCCUCAGCCCCGUGCAGGAGUCCCAGACGGAGGAGAGCAGCGCCCCGCAGACCCCCGAGGUGCUGGACCAGCCGGAGGACAAAGACGGCUUCCUCGACACUUCCCAUAAUGUUAUUGUGAAGCCUUUUUUAGGAUUAGGUAAGGACAUCGCUCGCGAGUCUCACGCGGGCCCUGUCCUGGGAUCCAAACCAAACCCCUACCUCGGCUCAGACAGCCUCCUGCCCAUCCCGGAGGAGUCUGUCACUCCCGGCCGAGAGUGUGAGACCGUCAUUGACACCGUUUUCUGUGACAGUGAUGACGAAUGUGGCCACCCCGCCAGGGAGGAAUGGUGCAAGGCCGCCAGAGACGCCCCGGCAGCGGCUGCCCGCCAAGCCUCCCCCUGUAGUGACGCCGGGGCGUCCUGCGAUACACUGUGUGCUGCGAGCACGCCGGAAGGCUCGCGGGACACGCUGUGCUGCUCUGAUGAAACCGGCAGGAAAGUGUCCUCGGGUCAGCUGAAGGUCAGCCAGUCGGUCGUGACGGGAUCACGCCCUCGUGGUCAGCCGGAGGGAGGGGCGUCCGGCGUGGCUAUCCAUUCAGGCAGCGUUCAGCCUGCACGUGGUUACGCAAAGCCCCAUGAUAUACGUGGAAAUGAGGUCACAAGUGGCAGUGUGGCGAGAGACGCCACGGGAGAGAGCGGCACACCUGACCCCAGCCCGGGCGCCGCCCUCACCCUCACUCCCCACACUUUCGAUUUCACUACCGUACCUCGGCCUACCCCUGACCUUGAGGCGCUGGCUACACUGAUUGCUGAUCGCAUCAUGAAUGGUACUGUUGCCUCCACCAGUGUUAGUGCGGGUGCCUCAGGAAGCACCAGUACCGGCCCGGCUGUCCCCACACUUCCCACCACCACUGAGGGAGACGAGGCUGACGCGUCCAGCCAGGCUGUCAGUGGUGGGUGCAUCGAGCACCAUCCACAGCCCUGCACCAGUGUUACAGUGCCCCUUGCUCUUCCUCCCGCCAUGAACGGCGGUGAGAGUGAAGUUGUUACCUCCAGCGCGCGCCUCUCUGUUGCUGACGUUGCGUGUAAACACUCAGGUGACGAGAACUCGGUUCUCUGCUGUGCUGGGAAAGAAAAACAUCUCUGGAAAAAGGCAAAUAAGUGUGUAAAUAUGGCGUCUUGUGUGAGUGACCGGCUGACUGAGUGUAGUGAUAGUGUAGAAACAGUGCCGCUUGUGGCGGGGCGCGGCGAGGCCCUCGUGUCGGGGUCCGAGGUCCACCCAAGAAAAUUAUUCCGCCAGUCACCUAUGACGGUCGAUAAAGGCGAUAAAGCCACAGAGGCGUGCGUGCCGAGCGGCGGCCUGAGCGCUACGAUUCUCGGGCGUGCGGACAUGCAGCCGGCGAUGCUGCGGCAGGACUCAAGGGGAUCCACUUGUGAGUCCUUAGACAGCAGAAAGACGUCCCUCGGCUCUACCAUCACUUCCCUGGACGAGGAAUUUAGCGACAUGUCCCCGGAGGAGUUUUUUGAGCGGCGUUACUCUGUGUCCUCAGGCAUCUCCUCCACCUCAGAGAGUACGGGAAGGAAGUUUUCCACAUCUUCCUUCGCCUCGGAUGACUGGGAAUGGUUCCCAGGGAGGAAGAAGAGCGUCCGCGGGCACCAGUGGAGCUUCGGGGAGCACAGGUCUGAGGGAGGGGAGAGGGGCGACCUUCGCAAGCUAUCAAGUGUCAGCACAGACUCCAGCACCAGCUCGGGUAUCGGCUCCAUGGAGUCGAGUGGGACUGAAAGCCGCAAGUUUUCCGUGAACUCCGGCAUCUCGUGCUUGUCGAGGAUCAACGAGGAGUGCAGGACGCUCACCGAUGCCGAUCUCUCUAUGUUGGAGUCUUUUGAAGAGGAACAUCCCGUCGAGGAGAGUCCAGCAUCGCCGGGUCCAGCGGCCUGCCACAACAUCACCUUGGAUGGCCGCCGCCUCUCUUUGCCUCCCCCCGUGUGGCCGCGGGAGGCCCACAGGGAUGUCAAAGAAGACGUCAUCGAGCAUAAAAUAUUUUCAGCGGCGCUUGAGGGUAAAGGCGACGCUGUGGGUGUUCAGGAGCCUGAGUUUAUUGUGAAGAGAGCAGAGAUCCUGAAAACUGCACACCCAGGACCAGGGAAUGAACCGACGCUUGAUCUUCCUCUGAUUUGCCCUUCCUCAUGUCCCCUGCGCCGCAAGGACUACCUCAGCCACCCAGAGUGUGACCACGCUCACGCUCAUACCCACUCCCUCAACAGCAAUGAUACCAGGGAAAAACGUAAGUCCCUCAACUUUGUGCCCAGACUCCUGAAGCCCAAGUCGCGGCACUCAGCGCGCAGGCUGACGCUUCACACCUUUGAAAACAUCGCCGAGCUGGUGAAGAAGGAGCAACAGGCCGCGGGACACAAGCCAGGGAGCGUCGCCCCCGAGUCUGUGACCAACCUAAGCAGCGUCGAGGCUCCUCAGAAUGAUCUUAUUAAAGAGGUUGAAUUUCGACGUAACCUCGUGCGAGAUCUUGAGAAGCUGGAAGCCGAGAUCGAGGCCGAGGUCCAGGCCUUAGGGUCCGAUGCCUCACAAGGGAGGGACGAUGACGACGCUGCCUCCACCGUAGUGGCGUUUGACAGCAACGAGUCUGUGGCGUCGGCGAGCAGCUUCUCUGGUGUUGACUCUGGGGCGGAGGAUGCCCCCCUGCCAACCUCAGACACAGAACCUGAAUUCGAGGCUGCUCGUCCCCCUGUGCGCGUCAACACAGAGGAGGAGACGCGCCUCUCAGGCCGCCCGCAGACCGAGGGGAACGCAGAGGAGCCACCCAGCGCUACCCUUCCUGACUCAAAGUCCCUACCAAAUCUUCUCAGUUCAGAGGGAGGCAAAAAACUGAGUCUGGUGAAGGGGUCGGAGCGCCCCGAGCCCCGGCGGGAGGGCGGAAAGCCGGCCCGUAGCAUGGACACGCUGUUGAAUGAGGAGGAAAUAGUGCCUUGUAGCAAUUACGAGUUUAGUGAAGUUGCCUUCCCUCCCAUGGUGAGCCUCGAUGAAGUCGAGGAGCAGGAAGUUAUUGAAAAUUUUUCUGAUGAAGAUCUUGUCUCAGAUGCUGAUUUUGAAGCAUUCUCUGAGACGGAGCACGACGACACGGACCUCGAUCACCUCAACCUGGAGCUGUUCGAGCUGAGUGGCCAGAAUGGUGAGGCUGCUGCACAGAGACUCACCAAGAGGCAGAAAAAAAUGAAGAAAAUAAGAAGGAAAUUCAGCUUUUCUUCAAAAGAGAAGCAACCGAAGGACAUGAAGGACGCUAUUUCUUCAUCACUCAAGCGUCUGAAGACUGCUAAGCAAAAAAUAGAGCAGCUGGUCACCAAAACUCUAAGGAGCGACCAGCCGUCUUGUCCGUCCUCGGCAGAGUCCGCGGCAGGAUCACCGCCAAGUCCUCGAACUGCCGAGGACUCGUGUGACGCCAGGAAGACUCGGCCAGAGGCGUCUUCACAAAACAAGGACUCACAUUGUUCAAAAGCCUCAGAGACUCAGCUUUCUGUUGCGAGUGAGACCCGCGGCCCAGAGGAGGCCGAGGGGGCAGGCUCUGCCUCCCGUCGCACGUCCAAGUCCAGCGACGACUGGUCUGCGCCUGGCCCCUGGGACUCGCGUCUCCCAGAUGGCCACGAGUCUGCCUAUUCCUGGUCAGACGCUGACAGCGACUUUGAGUUCGUUGCGAUGGAGCCUCCCAGGCCCCUGCCGGUGACCCAGGAGGCUGAACCUGCCGCCAGGGAGACCGGGCCGCAGGAACCAACGGCAGGGAAGCAUUCUCAACCAGCGGCGGCACCUGGAGAAGACCGCGAGGUGCGCCCCUGUCACCGGCCCAGCAACUCCCUGCGGUCCAGCAAGGUCCCUCUGGCCACCUGGGAACCCUUCUUCUGCGUCCUCCUUCAGGAUGAGAAGACCUUCACCUCCUACCGCUCCGAGGAGAUGUCGGUUAUUCCGGGCGCGCCCAUCCGCCCGCACACCAACAAGCUGAUCGGAGACUCCCUCUUCUAUGACCUGCCCCGCAUGCGGCUGGACGGCGGGGCACGGGCCUUCCGGCGGCGGUGGGGCUACGAGCUCACGCCGCCGCCCACGUUGGUCGAAGAGGAGAAUGAGGACGACCCAUACGACCUACCGCCCAACCACGAGGAAGACAACCUUAGUUACACCGAGACCAGAUCCCUCAGGGACGACUACCUCUUCAGCUCCUCUCAAGGUAAGACUCACCAAGUGUCCCAGUAGCCUCAUCAGUACUCGUGCUUCACUUCAUGUCUUCAUGUGAACACCAAGGCGCUCAGGGUGUUAGGUUUUCCCUGAGUCUCACCAUUGUCCACGCUUCACCUCCUGCUCUGGAACUCCUUGUCUACUUCUGUAUUUCCCCUUCCUCGGACAAACUCUUUCAACAAGGAGGUUUCAAGACAUUUAUCCUCCAACUCUGGAUAAUCUAUUUACUUCUUUUUGUUGCCCCUCUUACAUAUAAAAAGUGUAAGGUGUGUGUGGCCGGCGGUGUUUGUCCGCGUGGUGCCUUCGUCAGCAAGCCACGCUCACCCUGUGCUGGGGUAGCCACGUGAGUCAGGCCGCUACCGGUGCGUGAAUGUUAGGCAAUCAUCCAGCACAGUGAGCAUCAAUAGAGUUGAGGGUUGACUUUCCACAACUUCCUGGUAUUCAACUCCGGAAAUAGCUCGUCCACUGACCCACUGACUCAGUUUAGUUUAGCUUCCCCUGUAGUGAGGCAGAACCAUUUUCUUCAAACCUUUAUGGCACAUUUUCUCUCCCGUGCUGAGCGGGGACUGGUAGAUUUGUUGCGGUGACUCCGUUAAAUUUGCGGAUAAGAAUAGACUAAACAAACUGCGAAAGCAAGUUUAUAGUAUGUUCAGAAAUCAAUUCAGGCUCAAGCAUAAUAUUCACGAAGCUUUCUGCACAAGAAGCUACACUCUACACAAUAUAAUUAACGAUUUUUAUAUCUAUUUUAUUUAUUUAUUUUCUUACUCCUUAUCUCAUUCGUAUUCUUAUAUCACAAAGGCAUGGCAGUAAAACACACAAGACAGUAUUACAACACGGCCAAACUAAGCAGUAUGCAAAUAGGAGACUGAUACAGACUUGGCCUUGCACGAGGGAUGGGAGACAUCAAGACAGUUUGGUGUGUGCAAAGUGUGAUGUAGGCGAGGCUUUCCCAGAUUAUGACACUCAGAUACGAGCACAAGACCUCAUUGUCUCCCGCGCGGUGUCUCCUUCCCGUGGUAUCGUCAGGGAAAGAGAUAUUUUAUGAUUUAUGUAUGUUUAUCUUAUUCGUGUAUUUAUAUUUGCUGGUGUUGCCGAUGUUGUCUGUAUGAGUCACUCCGUUUAGUAAAAAAAUAUGAAGUACCAUGAAGUAAUAUAGAUUUCAUGUUCAUUUAUUUAUUUAUUUAUUUAUUUCCUUCUUUUACGAGUUAAGUAGUCUGGCAUAGGGUACA